AUGCUUCUCGAGGCCUCAACUGAGCUAUCCAACGGCUGGACCGCAAAUGGCGAAGAAUUAAACGAUUUCAUUCUUGUUCCCCAAGCUGCUACUCGCAAAGACCUUUUCAACAGUGUUUGCGGUUUGAAGAUGACUAAAUCUAGGGCUCGAAAUAUACUCGAGGAAUUGCAGUUUAUUCACGGUACGAUGUCAAUGAGCCUUGAAUCCAUUGAGGAGUUCAAUCUGACGGAGUUACUUGCAGUUAACGACAAGGACAAGAACUUUGAAGAAGGCGAGGAUUGUGAGAAUGGACGCGUUUGGAGGGCGAUAUCGUCCCCCAGUACGAACUCCGAUUCGAAGGCGGCGAUUAGAGCCAAGUUAUCUGUAGCUUCAGCCCACGUUCUACUGCAUGAAAAUCGACAGGUGUGGCGUGUGCCUCUCUCUGUCGCGGGAUCUUUGUGGAACCAGGUCCACCAUGUCUUCGGAGACUACGACUUCCGAGAAUGUCGAAACUUCUUUAGCCACGCGUUCCUGCGUGAAAAGUAUGGCAGCGACCUUAGGUACUACCACGCGAUCAGGGCGCUGUAUAUCAGCUGUGUACCAAUCCUCGAAGUGCUUGUAGAGAAGCUGGAGGCUGCCUUAGCAGAUGAGAAUUCUUGGAAGGCCGAGGAGUCAGCGCUUUCUUACUCUGACCGACCGGAAUAUGGUAUGGACACUCCUGAAGCAGAGGCUGAGGCAGAGGAACAGAGACAAAUUGAAGCUAAUGAGGCCUUGCUUGCCACUCAGAAUCUGGGCUGCUUCACAGAAGAAGAGAGUCCCGAGUCACUCGAUUCUCUCGUCGACCAGGACUCGAUUGCUGAAAACCCUAUAGCCGCCUGGCUGGCAAAGACGGGUGAGUGGAACCCUAGUUAUGAUAUUAAACGGCGACAGUCUUGGAGUCACUUCUACUAUGUCGAUAUUAUCGACGAUGAUGAUAUCGACGACACUGACGGCAAGCGCUGGAUGUGA